UAGUGCCCUCCACGUAUCAUAACCUUCAUUGAACCAACAAAAAAAAAAAAGACGAACGACGAAGCCAACUUGAAAGUGGUCCAUGGAAAGGUUGAUAUUGCGACCUCCUGUACUGUAGAAUGUAGUAUGGACCAUAGGACAGGACGAAGAAGUCCCGUUAAGAAGCUGUGGAGGUCUAAGAUGCUCUACUAGUCUGCUGGAAAUCCAAAGAAGACGAAGGAGUAAAAAGCAAAAUGGCGUUUGACGGAGAAGGCCUAAACGUGGCCACUGGCCAUUAUUGUUUCUCUAUUUGUAUUUAGUGCAUACAUGUACGCAUAUAUGUCGUGUAGUAGAUGAAACAUUGUUAGUCAGUGUUUGUAUCCGGAUACAUUAGUCUUAACGCACUUUAUCGCGUCUUGUGCAAGUUAGCUUAGCUUGUUAGCUGCUAACAAAGAGACGCAGACGUUAUCAACACAUCGCUAAGUAGAGAUCAAAUGUGAGUGUAAAGUGUUGUGAUUGUGUGAAAAUGUGCGAAAGAACCAUAGCAAAGUAUGAGGAGGAACUUUGUCCAACAAAAGAGGAGAAGGAGCGACAACAUCAACUACUGGACGCUGUUUUCAAGAAACAUCAAGUUGUGUUACACAGUACAGACGUCCAGCAGCCCCCCCACUUUAAAGAGGAAGAAGAUGAUCCACAGUUCCCCCAAAUUAAAGAGGAAGAGGAGGAAGUGUGGAUCACUCAGGAGGAAGAGUGUCUUCUAGGACAGGAGGAGGCUGAUCUCAGCAAGUUUCCACUGACUGUUGUCUCUGUGAAGACUGAAGAGCAUGAAGACAAACCACCUGAGUCCUCACAGCUUCAUCACAGUCCAAACGUCUGUGAAGAACAACUUCUGCCUGAAAAACAGGAGUGUAGCUACAGGAUGGUGAAUGAGGAUCCAUCAAAGAAGAAGAUGAGGCGCCACAGACCCUCUAGCAUAUCCUUUUCCUCUUUGACACAGACCCUUCCCUGUAAAAAGGAAGAGGAAGACUCACUGACGCCCCACAUUAAAGAGGAAGCGAUGGAAUACAGCAUCAGUCAGGAGGGAGAUCAUCUUGAAGGACUGGUGGAGUUUCCAGUGACUGGUGUCCCUGUGAAGGGUGAAGAUGAUGAGGUCAAAGGUGAAAGUGAGGAGAAGAGAGAGGCGGAGCCUCCAAGAAGCAGCUCAACACAACACAUGACAACAGAAGCUGAUGGAGACCACUGUGGAGGAUCACGAGCAGACAAGCUCUUAGCUCCACUAUCAGAUAGUGAGGACACAACGUCACACUCUCCUGACACUGAUGAUGAAGACUCUAAAGAUGAUAAGACAUGUCACACUGACAACACUCACUUCAAAUGUUCUCACUGUGACAAAACCUUUAAAAACCAUGGUCAUCUAAAAGCACACAUGAGAAUACACACUGGAGAAAAACCUUUUAUAUGUUCAAUAUGUGGUAAAGGUUUUGUAAAAAGUCACAAUUUGAAAGUACACAUGAGAACACACACUGGUGAAAAACCUUUUAUCUGUUCAAUCUGUGGUAAACGUUUUGUUGUAAGUCACAAUUUGAAAGUGCACAUGACAACACACACUGGUGAAAAAACGUUUUUCUGUUCAACCUGUGGUAAAGGUUUUACACUAAGUCAAUGUUUGAAAGUACACAUGAGAACACACAAUAGUGAAAAACCUUUUUCCUGUUCAACCUGUGGUAAAGGUUUUACACACAGUCAACAUUUGAAACGUCACGUGAGAACACACACUGGUGAAAAACCUUUUUCCUGUUUAACCUGUGGUAAAGGUUUUACACACAGUCAUGAUUUAAAAGUACACAUGAGAACACACACUGGUGAAAAACCUUUUACAUGUUCAACCUGUGGUAAUGGUUUUACACAAAUUCAGACUUUGAAAAGACACAAGAGAAUACACACUGGUGAAAAACCUUUUUCCUGUUCAAUCUGCAACAGAAGCUUUUGUGACCGAUCAAACUUUGCAAGACACAUGGGAACACACCCAUGAGAUAAAGUGUUGAGUUGCAGUGUGUGUGGUGAAAGAUUCUCUUAUAAGUACCAGUGUAAGAAACACAAGUGUGCUGGUGAGAACAGCAGCAGCAAAUGAAACUGCAGGAUUUGAAAUAAACUGUCAAUACUUUAAUUUUGACUUUCAAACAACAUCAGCACAUAUAACAUGUGUGACAUUGUUGUUUGUAUAACAAUCUUGUUAACAUGCUUUUUUAUUUAUACACUGUUUUUUUUUUCAAACCAUUACAUGCAUUAAUAUGCAACAUUGUAUACUUUUAUUAAAAAUGGAACAGAACAAUCUGAAAAGGUGAGAGUAAACAGUACAAGUCAUAUUUUACAUACAGUAAACAUUUUAUGUGUAUAUACAGUAUAUAUUCAUCAGACAAUUUUAGACUUAUUCUAUUCUGUUUUUAUAGGUGUUUGAAAUAUUGAACACUUGUAAUUGAUCCCAUAGAUUAGCACAGCAAAUGAAACUGCAGGAUUUAAAAUAACUGUCAAGACUUUAAUUUUGACGUUCUAACAACAUCAGCACAUAUAACAUGUGUGACAAUGUUGUUUGUGUAACAAUCUUUUUAAUAUGCUUGUACAUUUAUAGAUUACAUAGUUUGAAAUAUGAAAGUAUUACAUAUUUGUAUUUCUUAUUGUUAAUUAUCCCAUAGAUUAGCACCUUUAUAUGGUAUACAUAUUUACUGGUUCACAUUUGAAACAUCUUCAGGACCACUUCAGGGAGCAUAUUAUUAUUAACUUUAUACUUCAUUUGAACAGUUGUCUUUUAUUCACUUUUAAAACGUGUGACCUUAUGAAUCAUUUGUUGGGUCUCUAUAAUAUAUUUUAUUAAUUAUCGUUAUUACUAUGUAUUAUGAUGAGUGUGUUGUGAUUGUUUUUUAUGUAUGUCCCCAUAUCUUUAUGCAAUAUAAAAGUGAGAGAAAAUGGCAGAUAUUUUUUCUGGAAGGACGGUUUUGUUUUUACAAACUUACAUUUGUUGAUUAAUAAAAUAAAUACAGUAUUGUGUUUUAAA